ACCAUCGUCUCUCUUGCUCCUCCCCGUCCUCUGCUUCGCACGCGCACAUCUCCAUCACGCAAAAAUCCCGUAUAAAUAACCCCCCAAAACGAAGCCCAGAGAUUAGAACCAAAUCUGCUGCGUAUCCCUCUUCCCCCUUCCACCUCCUCCGCCGAGAUCGGCGUGUGAACGUGGUGGACGUCGAAGUGAGGUGAACAGCCCACACGGACCCAAUUCCUCGGGGGGGGGUAUCAGCGAUCACGAUGCGGGCGCGGGAGAUGCCGCACCCACUGUGCUGCAUCUCCAUCGACUGCCCCGGGCUCGGCGCGCGUUCGCCGGAGCCGGACAACCCGACGCCCGACCCCGACGGCGCGGGCGAGGGCCCCUCGUCCGCCGCCGUCGCUGGGAUCCUCUGCAAGUGGACCAACAUCGGCAAGGGGUGGCGGUACCGGUGGUUCUCCCUCCAGAGCGGCGUCCUCUCCUACUCCAAGAUCCGCCGGGGGGACCCGCCGCUGGUGCCCGAGGGUUCCGGUGGCGUCCGCCUCAUCGGGAGAACCGCCGCUCUGUUUUCCCAGGCUGCCGCCGCUUCCGCCACAGCUUGCCGCAAGCCCCGGAAGCCGGUGCGCGUCGUCCACCUGAAGAUUUCAUCAUUUCGUGAAAGUAAGACAGAUGACAGAAGAUUCUAUAUAUUCUGUCCAACAAAGACACUUCACUUGAGGACUGAUUUGAGCAUAGAUCGUGUGGCCUGGAUUCAGGCUUUGAUUUUAGCAACAAAAGAAACUUCAAUAUAUAGAGGAAUAUCUUUCAUGCAGAAUGAUGUAUCGAUUUCAACUGAAAAGCUUAGAGAUCGAAUGCAAGCUGAAGGAUUAGAUAAGUCACUCAUCGAGGACUGCGAGCGGAUUAUGAAUUCAGAGUUUUCCGAGUACCACAGACAACUGAAGCUUCGAUAUGAAGAGCACUUCAACUCUAUUAGUACAUUUCAUCAACAGCUGGAGGAAAUUGAUGUAGAAGAUCUGGCAACUAGUGAAGGCCAAUUGCAGUUAACUAAGUAUGACUACUCCAGUUCUGGGCAUGAAAAAUAUAAUGAGUACAGUACCACUGAAUCAUCUGAUGAUGUUGAAAAGCAAGAGCUUGAUGAAUUGUCGGAUGAAGAUGAGCUUUCCUUUUUUGACACAAAUGAGUGCUUUGGUGAUUCUGCAAUUACCUGUGCUUCUAAAGUAACAGCCUCAAAUGAUUUUGAUAGGAUUUCUGUAAUGGAGUAUAACCAUUUUGAUUCAAAGAUAAUGGAUGUUGAGUCACAGCUUGAAUAUCAGAACAUGCUGCUACAUAUUAGGUGGCGGAAGAAAUUACCGGACCCUAUUGAGAAGGAGAAAAGUGUUAGCCUUUGGUCAAUGAUCAAAGAUAAUGUUGGAAAGGAUCUUACAAGAGUAUGCCUUCCUGUUUACUUUAAUGAACCGUUGUCUUCACUUCAGAAAUGCUUUGAAGACUUGGAGUACUCAUAUCUAUUGGAUCAAGCAUAUGAAUAUGGGAAAAAGGGGAACAGUCUUAUGAGAAUUCUGAAUGUAGCUGCCUUUGCAGUCUCUGGAUAUUCUUCUAGUGAUGGUCGUCUUUGCAAACCUUUCAAUCCUUUGUUAGGAGAAACAUAUGAAGCAGACUACCCUGAAAAAGGAGUCCGCUUCUUUGCUGAAAAGGUUAGUCACCAUCCUAUGCUCAUCGCCUGCCAUUGUGAAGGCAGAGGUUGGAAAUUCUGGGGAGACAGCAACCUCAGGAGUAAAUUUUGGGGGCAAUCCAUACAACUAGAUCCUGUUGGUGUAUUGACGUUGGAAUUUGAUGAUGGUGAAAUUUUUCAAUGGAGCAAGGUCACAACAACCAUCUAUAACCUAAUCCUCGGUAAGGUAUACUGCAAUCACCAUGGUACAAUGAACAUCUUGGGCAACCAGCAAUAUUCUUGUAAAUUGAAGUUCAAAGAGCAGUCACUCCUUGACCGCAACCCUCGCCAGGUGCAAGGCUUUGUUGAGGAUAUUAAGGGAACAAAAGUUGCUACUUUGUUAGGAAAAUGGGAUCACAGCAUGUACUACUCACUGAGUGACAAAAUCUUGAAGUCCAAGGGCUCUGUUUUGACAGAAAAUUCAGCGUUGUUAUGGAAAAGGAAUAAACCUCCAAUUGAUCCCACUCGAUACAAUUUGACAUCAUUCGCUAUUACACUAAACGAGCUGACAUCAGAACUGACGGAAAAACUUCCACCUACUGAUUCAAGACUCCGGCCAGAUCAGCGAUAUCUUGAGAAUGGGGAGUAUGAAAAGGCAAAUGCAGAAAAACUACGAUUGGAGAAUAGGCAACGGAUGUCAAGGAAGUUGCAGGAGAACGGGUGGAAGCCGAGAUGGUUUCGAAGGGAUAGCGAGCACGAGACGUUCCAUUACAUAGGUGGAUACUGGGAAGCAAGGGAGAAGAACAAAUGGGAAGAUUGCAUGGACAUAUUUGGUGAGUUCCCCAAUGAUGCGAUGGUUGUACCCUAGCAAGAACGCAGCAAUCAGAUGGCUUGUGAACUUUGUGUGCCAAUGGAGAUGCUGAUUCAGAGUAUGCUUAUAUGUAACUGCUUAUUCUUUGGUUGUUUGAUUUUGUCAUUCAGUUGAGAACAAGCGGACAUUCUUUGUAAAUCAAUUAUCUCAUCUUAAUGCUCCUUUGUGAUUAGCACAA